AUACAAGGUGGCAAUGGGAUUGGGGAGGCGUUCUGCUCUUCAUCUUCAUCUUCAUCUUCUUCCUAAUUCACACCUCAACAACUCCGUUUCCUUCUUCUGCUCCCAAUCACCCACACUCUCUGAACCCCACCCCCAAGAUCACCAACGCCUUCAAAAGGUUCAAAAGCUUCAGUCUUUACUAGACCAGGGUCGCAUAACUGCUGCUCGAAGGUUCCUCAAGUCCCUUUUUCUCUCCGGCAAACAAUUCUCUUCUCCCUCCCAACUUCACGCAUUCGUCUCCAAACCCCUCUUUUCAGACACCCUCUUAUGGCUUUGCUCAGUUUCCAAAAUGCUCAAUGAAGCUUCCGAGUUGUACUCUUCCAUGAGAAAAGAUGGCUUUCUCCCUUCCACUCGUUCCGUCAACCGUUUGCUCCGAACUCUGGUAGCUUCCGAACAGUUCGAGAAAACUCUCACUCUGUUCGCUGACUUUGUGGAAUUUGGUUUUCGACCCGAUGUUGUCUCAUACGGAAAAGCUGUUGAGGCGGCGGUGAUGUUGAAUGACCUCCAUAAGAGUUUUGAGUUGAUGAGUUCCAUGGAAAGGGAAGGGGUUUUCCCCUCUGUUUUUGUGUAUAACUUGGUAUUGGGUGGGACGUGUAAAGUGAAGAGGAUCAGGGAUGCUCAGAACUUGUUUGAUGAAAUGAUUAAGAGGAACCUGGUUCCCAAUACGGUUACUUAUAAUACACUCAUUGAUGGGUACUGUAAGGUGGGUAAAAUAGAGGAAGCUUUUAGCUUGAAGGAGCGGAUGAAAGCUGAAAAUGUGGAGCCUAAUCUUGUGACGUACAAUUGUUUGUUGAGUGGUCUUUGUGGUUCUGGGAGGAUGGAAGAUGCGAGGAAGGUUUUGCUAGAGAUGGAGGGGAAUGGUAUUUUGCCUGGUGGAUUUUCGUGUGUUGUAUUUGAUGAUCAUUCAGUGGGUGCAAAUGCAAAUGAUAACGGUUGGUUAGAUGGAAAAGGAGCAAGGAUCGAAGAACGUACUUAUUGUAUUAUGUUGAAUGGACUAUGCAGAGUAGGAAGGAUUGAAAAGGCCGAGCAGGUUUUGGCCAAACUAGUGGAUAAUGGAGUUAGUCCAAGCAAGAUUUCAUAUAACAUACUGGUGAACGCAUAUUGCCAAGAGGGUGACAUGAGGAAAGCUAUACUUACAACUGAACAAAUGCAAGAACGAGGAUUGAAGCCUAGCUAUGUCACUUUCAAUACCCUGAUUAACAAGUUCUGCGAAACUAGGGAGGUGGACCGGGCAGAGAGAUGGGUUAAGAGGAUGAUCGAGAAGGGUGUUUCCCCCACCCUGGAGACUUAUAACAGUUUGAUUAAUGGUUAUGGCCUGAUGCGCCAUUUUGUUAGAUGUUUCGAGAUUCUUGAGGAAAUGGAAAAGAUAGGGAUUAAGCCUAAUGUCAUCAGCUAUGGUUCUCUAAUAAAUUGCCUAUGCAAAGAUCGUAAGCUUCUCGAUGCUGAGAUUGUACUUGCGGAUAUGAUAGGUCGUGGGGUUUCUCCAAAUGUAGAAAUAUAUAAUAUGCUCAUUGAAGCUAGUUGCUCCUCUAGUAAAUUGAAAGAUGCCUUCAGAUUUUUUGAUGAAAUGAUAAAAAAUGGAAUAGAUCCAACUCUUGUGACCUACAAUACGCUGAUAAAUGGACUCGGAAGAAAUGGAAGGGUAACGGAAGCUGAGGAUUUGUUUCUCCAAAUGACUAGCAAGGGAUAUAAUCCAGAUGUAAUAACGUACAAUUCCCUGAUCUCAGGCUAUGCCAAUUCAGUAAACACUCAGAAAUGCCUUGAAUUAUAUGAUAAUAUGCAGACAUUGGGCAUAAAACCUACAAUUGGGACAUUUCAUCCUUUGAUCAAUGCAUGCAGGAAGGAAGGUGCGGUGACAAUGGAGAAAAUGUUUCAAGAAAUGUUACAAAUGGAUUUGGUUCCAGAUCGAGUUGUAUAUAAUGAAAUGAUUUACUCUUAUGCUGAAGAUGGAAAUGUUGUGAAGGCAAUGUCUUUGCACCAACAGAUGGUUGAUCAGGGAGUUGAUUCCGACAAGGUGACUUACAACUGCUUGAUUCUAGCAUGCCUUAGAGAUAGAAGAGUUUCAGAAAUAAAGUAUCUUGUUGAUGAUAUGAAGGCUAAAGGACUGGUUCCAAAAAUUGAUACUUAUAACAUUCUGAUUAAGGGACAUUGCGACUUAAAAGAUUUCAAUGGUGCGUAUUUUUGGUAUAGAGAUAUGUUUCACCGGGGUUUGCUUUUAAAUGCCAGCAUCUGCUAUCAGCUGAUAUCCGGACUUAGAGAGGAGGAAAUGCUGCAAGAGGCCCAUAUUGUAUCCUCAGAAUUGACUAGUAGAGGACUGAACAACUAGAAGACUGCCAAGGGGGCUUGUUACCUUUGGAGGCGAAAUCAGAUACCCAGUGCAGAGAAGUUGAAUAAACACAAGCUCAAAAUGGGAAAGGUAUGAGAGAGGUUUCUGCCAUAUGCUGAACGGGAAGGUUACAGGAUUCUCAAUUUGUCUCCUCAAAAUGUAGACUGAAGGUGGUGGAAAAAGAAAGGCUGAACCAGUGGACAUUUUUAAUCAUAAUUCAUUGCUGAUUUAUGUGGAAACGAGCUUAUUAAAGUUGGAGAGGUACGUUAAAUAAUCAAUUUUGACGUUAAGAUUUGGGAGUAAUUUUUUCUGCUCUCAACUUCAAAGAAAUAUCGUAGGUCUUCAUCAUUAGAAUAAAGGAUCGUGCAUCUCUUAGGCGAGUGUUAUUGUUGAUGGUUGUUUUUGUGAGGCUGAAAUUCCACCUGAAUUUGCGAAAAGGGAACAAAUGGUAAUAAAUUUUCAGCUCAAACACUGGCAUGGUGUCGCAAUCUUGCCCGAAUAUGACAAGGAUCAAAGGAAAGUGCUAGAAAGGUUUCAGCAACAAAGAGAAUAAUUCCAGACCUGUAUUUUACAUAUCCUUACUUCUUUUGCAUAGUGAAACGGCGUACAAUUUUGUGGUGAUUACUAUAUUAACUUCAGAACUAAGGUUGAUAUUCGAACUGCUCAACAAAUUUAGCAGAGUUUGGUAGACUUGACUGACUCAUAGAAACAGGUUGAGUGUGUCAAAGUAGAGUUUUAACCGGUAAGAUAAAAAAGUUGUGUGUCGAUUUUUGCGGGAGGUUAGGUUGUCUUGUAAACAUCAUUAGGUUAUCUUGUACACAUUGGAAUGGGACAAAUCUUGGAGUCCAUUUUGUUCACUCCAUCAAUUUAUACA